CCACAUCCCUAAUCAGAGAUGUCAGAAACUGAAUGAACGUGAUUAAAUAAAUUGUAAUUUUUGCAUCGAGUACACCUACGAUUCCGGAUCUUGCUGUAAUUGUAAUUCAAUCUUGCUGUAAUCCAGUGGCGCUUAUAUACUGUUUACAAAAUUUAUUAAAGUAACCUAAACAUAGUAUACUGAAAUGUCGGUCAGUAAAUUGGACUCUGUUGAAGAUUUUAAUAAUUUUAUAAGAUCUCCUGCACUUGGAGUAGUACACUUUUCAGCGGAAUGGGCCGAACAAUGUAAACAAGUUACAGAUGUACUUGAAGAACUCUUAAAACUUCCUGAAAUUCAGUCGAGCAAGACACAAUGUGCCGUUUGUGAUGCGGAGGCACUUUCUGAAGUUUCCUUGCAAUAUAAGGUAGAUUCAGUGCCUACAGUUAUAUUAUUUAAGAAUGGAACUCAAGUAGACAGGAUUGAUGGAGCAGAUGCUGCUCAAAUUAGCUCAAAAAUUAAAGCACAGAGUCUUAAUAAGAGUCCUGCAGAAAUAACCCCUCAGAAACUUGAAGAUCGACUAAAAGCUUUAAUAAAUAAGCAUAAUAUAAUGGUAUUCAUGAAAGGGAACAAGGAAACUCCAAGAUGCGGGUUUAGUCGUACUCUCAUACAAAUUCUGAAUGGAACAGGGGUUCAAUUUGGUACUUUUGACAUAUUGACGGAUGAAGAGGUUCGUCAGGGUCUGAAAGAGUAUUCAGAUUGGCCAACGUAUCCUCAACUUUAUGUAAAAGGAGAACUGAUUGGAGGUUUGGAUAUAAUAAAAGAAUUACAAGCCAAUGGGGAGCUAGAAGCAACACUAAACCCAUAAGCUAAAUUAUAUUUUAGGUAUUUUGUUUGUAAUUUAUUUGAAAUAAAGAAUUUUGCAAAAAA